GCUCGCCGGCCGCGCCGAUCCGGCUCCGCGAUGACUCCCCGGCUGCCGAGGAGCCUGCGGCGGCUGCUGCUGCGCCUUUCCCUCUGGGUGCUCAUGGGCAGCUCGGUCCCCGUUCUGCUCCAGGCCUGUCCAGUGAGGAUGCACCUAAAAAGGCAGACAAGAUUGCCUUUGCAUUAAGCAGAUAUCCCAAGACAGGCAUUAAGGACUGCUGCUGAAUUUACAUCACCUGUAGAAAGAAAUAAGGAAAGUGGACUGAAAAUGUCAAACUUAUGCAAGUUUUGUGAUAUUAAAGUAACAACCUGCUCAAACCAACAUCGGUGCAGGAGUAACUGCAACAUCACUUCUAUCUGUGAGAAGAGUAGUGAAGUCUGUGUUGCUAUAUGGAGACAGAAUGAUGAAAAUAUGACAUUAGAAACAAUAUGCCAUGAUCCCAAGGAAACACUGUAUGGUCACUUUUUGGAUGACUAUCCAUCAGAGCAGUGUUUGAUGAAGGAAAAGAAGGCUGAUGGGGGAUUGAUGUUCAUGUGUUCCUGCACAGGUGAAGAAUGCAACGAUAUGCUCAUUUUUACAUCAGAUGACCCCCAUAAGCCAGAGGAGAAAGAUGAAAUUUCCAAAGUCACAAUCAUAAGUCUUGUCCCGUUACUGGUGAUUUCUGUUGCUGUGAUUGUUAUCUUUUAUGCCUACCGCACUCACAAGAAGAGGAAACUCAGCAAGGCAUGGGAGAAGAAUGUUAAGCCCAAGAAGCAUAAGGACUGCAGUGAUGGCUGUGCAAUUAUGUUAGAUGACGACCGCUCAGACAUCAGCUCCACGUGUGCCAACAACAUCAACCACAACACAGAGCUGCUGCCCAUUGAGUUGGACGUUGUUGUUGGCAAAGGAAGGUUUGCUGAAGUGUAUAAAGCCAAAUUGAAGCAAAACACAUCAGAACAGUAUGAAACUGUGGCAGUCAAGAUUUUCUCCUAUGAAGAAUACGCUUCCUGGAAAACUGAGAAAGACAUAUUUUCAGAUGUAAACCUCAAGCAUGAGAACAUACUCCAGUUCUUGACAGCAGAGGAACGUAAGACAGACCUUGGCAAACAGUAUUGGUUGAUCACUGCCUUCCAUGCUAAAGGAAACUUGCAGGAGUAUCUCACACGGCACAUUAUCAGCUGGGAGGACCUCUGGAAACUUGGCGGGUCCUUGGCCCGAGGGAUUGCCCAUCUGCACAGUGAUCACACACCCUGUGGUCGUCCCAAAACACCUAUCGUACACAGGGACCUAAAGAGUUCCAACAUCCUGGUGAAAAAUGAUUUAACCUGCUGUCUCUGUGACUUUGGGUUGUCCCUGAGGCUGGACCCUUCCCUGUCUGUGGAUGACUUGGCUAACAGUGGGCAGGUUGGCACAGCGAGAUAUAUGGCCCCUGAGGUUUUGGAGUCCAGGAUGAACCUGGAGAACAUGGAGUCCUUCAAACAAACAGAUGUGUACUCCAUGGCUUUGGUCCUCUGGGAAAUGACAUCUCGCUGUAACGCUGUCGGAGAAGUGAAAGAGUACGAGCCCCCAUUCGGCUCCAAAGUGCGAGAACACCCUUGUGUGGAAAGCAUGAAGGACAAUGUCCUGAGAGACAGAGGGCGACCCGAGAUCCCCAGCUCCUGGCUUAACCAUCAGGGCAUCCAGAUGGUGUGUGAGACGCUCAUCGAGUGCUGGGACCACGACCCCGAGGCACGGCUGACGGCGCAGUGCGUGGCCGAGCGCUUCAGCGAGCUCAGGCACCACGACAGGCUCUCGGGGAGGAGCUGCUCCGAGGAGAAGAUUCCCGAGGACGGCUCCGUGACCACCGCCAAGUAGCGCGCGCCCGAGAGCUCCAGGAUGGAGGGAAGUCGCUCCUAGACGUGUUCACCUUGGCAAAGGAAGAAGUCUUGAUCAGUGCCUUGACUUGCUUCCUGGAGGACUGAGGCUGUCACUACUCCCUUUAGGCUCCAGCUCUGGACAGGGAGAUGUAUUCUGGGAAUUACAAGCUGGGGGAGUAGCAGUCAUACCCUAGCACUGGCGGCCAGCAUCAUGUCGUAGGAGGAGCUAUGUAUGGUAGCACUUCCUCAGGAAAAGGAUUUGAAAAUAGCCAAUAACAUUAUGCACUUUAUUAAUGCCUGUAUAUAACUAUGAA